GAUUCGCAAAAGCAAAUAAUCCUCUAAUACCAGAAACUUAUGAUAAAAAUCAACCUCAUAAUUAUAAUCUAUCGAUAGAUGCAAAUAAUCUUUACGGGUUCGUAAUGAGCGCAUAUUUACCUGUAAAUAAUUUUAGAUGGUUGCACAAAGACGAAAUAAAUGCUUUAGACAUACGUAAUAUAUCUGACAAAAAUAACGUAGGAUAUAUCUUAGAAGUAGAUUUAAAAUAUCCAGAAAAUAUUCACGACAGACAUAAUUGUUUGCCACUAGCUGCUGAACAUAUUAAUAUCCCAUACGAUUUAUUAUCUAAUUAUCAAAAAACAGUAUUAAAUAAAUUAAAUUUAAAAUAUAACAAUGCUAACAAAAAAUUAAUUCCUACUCUCUUUGAUAAAACAAACUAUAUAGUUCAUUAUAAGAAUUUAAAAUUUUAUUUAGAAGAAGGUCUGAUAAUAACUAAAAUUCAUAGAGUAUUGGCAUUUUACCAAAGUGCAUGGCUUAAAAAAUAUAUAUUUUUUAAUAAUAAAAAGAGACAAGAAUCAACUAACGAUUUUGAUAAAUCAUUUUUUAAAUUAAUGAAUAAUAGUUUUUUUGGCAAAACCUGUCAAAAUGUAAGAAAGCGUAUUAACUUAAAAGCAGCUACAACAUUAAAUCAAUAUCACAGAUAUCUAUCUAAGCCAUCUGUUGAAAAUUUUCAAAUUAUAAACGAUAAUCUCACAAUUUUUAAAAUGAAAAAAACUAAUUUAACUUUGGACAAACCAAUUUAUAUAGGUUUUUGCAUAUUAGAAUUAAGCAAAUUGCACAUUUACGAAACAUUUUACAAAAUAUUUAAAAACAGAUACGGCGAAAAUGUACAUUUAUUAUAUAUCGACACUGAUUCUCUUACGCUUCAAAUUUAUACGAACGAUGUUUACAAGGAUUUUAAAUCGUUUCCCGAUAUCUUUGAUUUUAGUAAUUAUCCCAAAACUCACAAAUUAUAUAACGAAGCGAACAAAAAUAAAUUAGGAUAUUUUAAAGACGAAACACUAUCGAAACCGAUAAUUGAAUUUUGCUCCUUAAAACCAAAAAUGUAUUCUUAUAUUUUCGAUAAACAAAAUAAAAAAACUGCUAAGGAAAUCCCAAAUAACUGUUAUGCUAGAAUAGCUCCAAAAUCUUCUUUAUCUUUAAACAAUUUUCUGAUCAAUGCAGGAGUUAUUGACUUCGACUAUCGUGGAAACAUUGGAGUGGUAAUGUAUAAUUUCGGAUCGGAAAUUAUUAAGUUUAAACCUGGAUCAACCAUUGCCCAAAUAAUUUUCGAACUAAUUAUGCAUCCAAGUUUUAUAGAAAAAACAGAUUCAUUAAACUAUACUGACAGAAAUGAAAAAGGCUUUGGAAAAUGUAGCGUAAUUGCUUUUCCUCAAAAUAAAGAUUUGGGGAACAUUUCUGAAAAAUAA